AUGAAUCAGCAUCCUUUGGGUAAACUCAAAACAGAUGAAAAAUAAAUUGAAUCAUAUAGAUACAAUUUUAAAAAAGGAAAAUUAGGCAAAGGUGCUUAUGGAACAGUCUAUAAAGGAAUAAACAUUCAUACUAAAUAAAAUGUAGCUAUUAAGCUUGUUAGAAAAAGUGAUAUGAAAGAUGUUGGUAUAUUAUUUAAUAAUAUUUAGAUGAUGAAAAAUAACUUUUAAAUGAAAUUUAAAUUUUAAAGAGUCUAAAGAAUCCUAAUAUAAUUGAGAUUAUUGAUGUUCUAUAAACAGAGAAUAAUUAUUAUAUAAUAUUAGAAUAUUGUAAUCAUGGAGAUUUGGAAUCAUUAAUUUAUAAAACUCAUUAAAUAACACAUGAAGACCAUUUUUAAUUUUUAAUUGACAUCCUUACUGCAUUUACAACAUUAAUAAAGUAAGGUAUUAUGCAUAGAGAUCUUAAACCUGCAAACAUAUUAGUUCAUAUAGAAAAUAAUAGAAAAAUAUUUAAAUUAGGUGAUUUUGGUUUUGCAAGACAAAUCAGUAAUUAUAAAAAUUAAAUAAUGGAAAGUAAAGUGGGAACUCCAUAUUAUAUGAGUCCUUAAAUAUUAAAUGGUUAAUAAUAUACAAGUAAAAGUGAUAUUUGGAGUAUAGGAUUAAUGUUAUAUCAAAUAAUUUAUUAAAAAAGUAAUAAAUCUUUAUAAUAAUAUAGCUCCAUGGUUAGGUAGGUCUGAAAGUGAACUCCUUUAUAAUAUUGUUCAUUAAAAUUUAAAAUUUCCAGAAGUACCUAAUGUGAAUGAAUUAUGUAAAGAUUUUAUUUUGAAUUGUUUACAAAUAAAAGAGGAAAAUAGGUUUUCUUGGGAUACAUUAUAUCGUCAUCCAUAUAUUAGUGAAUAUUUUAUAAAAUUUUAGAUGUAAAGAAGCAGUUGUUAAAAGAAAUUAUUUUAUAUUUAGAAUUAUCUUAAAUAGAAAAUUCCAAAUGUUGAUACAUUAACUCAAAUAUUUUAGAAAGUAGAUACUUCUGGAGAUCAAUAAUUAAAUUUAGAAGAAUUCAAAUGUUUUAUCUAAUAUCUUGAUAAUAGCUUUAAUGAUGAUGAUGUUAAAUACAUUUUUGAUGAAUUUGACAGAGAUGGAAAUGGAUAUGUUGAUUUUGAAGAAUUCAAACAAUAUUUAUAUCCUUCACCACCUAAAAAAGCAAAACUUUAAAGGUCUUUAUAAAAAAAACAUAUGAUAAUAUUAUAAGAAUUAUCUAAUUUAAUAUAAUAAUACAAUAUGAGUCCAAGGUAAUUAUUUCGAAAAUAUGAUACUUCUAACAAUAAUUCAUUAGAUAAAUAAGAAUUAUAUGCAUUAUUAAAAAAAAUAGAUCUAAAUAAUUAAUUGUAAUUAGAAGACAUAGAAACUAUUAUAAAUGUUUUUGAUGAAAAUGAUGAUGGUGAAAUAUAAUUUGAAGAAUUCAAAAAAUGUUUAUCAUUAAUACACAAUGAUGAAUUGUUUACUAUAAAUUCUAGUAAAAAAAUGAUUAUUGAAACAGAUGAGAAAAUAUAGAGUGUUCCUUAAUUAAAUAAAAAAAUAAGUAUUGAAUAAUUGCAUAACUAAAAAUAUAUUUAGAAUACUUAAAAUCAAUAAAUGAUAGUAUUACAAACAAAUCCAUAGAUAUCUUUUAAUCUCUGUUAAUGUAAUAUUUGA